CACUCCAGACCUCGUGCGUGUCUUGUUAGACAUAACCUCAAAAAUAAUUGAAAAUAAUUGUCAGUUCGAGAAAACUACAUGCAAGUUUAAUAAGUUUUUUAUUAAGUAAAGUUAAUAAAUAUUUCACUUUUAAAAUGAUAAGACGACAAGCUCGUCUCCGUCGGGAGUAUCUAUACAGAAAAUCCAUUGAAGGAAAAUUAAAAACAAUACAGGAGAAAAAGGACAAGCUAAAGAAGAGCUUGGAAGAAAAUGUACCGAUUCAUCCUGAUCUAAGAAAAACUGCUCUUCAUUUACAAAGAAAAGCAGAAUGGGAGGAUGCAGGACCGGAACUUGCCAUGGCAAUGGGCACAGAAAUGGGAGGUGCCCUGGGCGACAGUAAGGAUGACGAAUAUCGAUGGGCAGGUGUCGAGGAUCCAAAAAUUGUGAUCACAACCUCUCGGGAUCCAAGUGCACGAUUGAAAAUGUUUGUAAAGGAACUUCGUCUCAUUUUUCCCAAUGCACAGCGAAUGAAUCGAGGUAAUUAUGAAAUGAAGAAAUUAAUUCAUGCCUGCCGGGCAAAUGAUGUCACUGACUUUAUUAUCGUUCAUGAACAUCGAGGUGUACCGGACACACUUAUUAUUUGUCAUCUUCCUCAUGGCCCAACCGCAUAUUUCACGAUGUCGGGAGUUGUGAUGAGACACGACAUCCCCGAUAUUGGAACAAUGUCCGAGGAAUAUCCACAUUUAGUAUUUCAUAAUUUUAAAACAAAACUCGGCAUGAGAACAAUGGAUAUUUUAAAGUAUCUGUUUCCUGUGCCAAAGAAAGAGAGCAAGAGAGUCAUGACUUUUGCUAAUCACGAUGAUUAUAUUUUUUUCCGACAUCACACAUAUCGGGAGGAAAAAGGAAAGAACGUUGAGAUGACUGAAGUGGGACCGAGAUUUUUAUUAAAACUUUACGACAUUAAAUUGGGCACCCUGGACUCGAUUGCAGCGGCUGAUACUGAAUGGGCUUUGAGGCCAUACAUGAACACAUCUCACAAAAGAAGAUUUUUGUCUGAUGAAGAUGGUUGGAAUCAAAAGGACGAUCAAUAAAUUAUUGCAAUAUUUAUUCUGAAGAAGAUGAUUGACAGCUUAAGGAAGCUGAUUUUACAUAUGUAAAUAAUAUAACAGUAUGUACAUUUAAUAAACGAACUUUGUAAGUUUUAUUAUCAUCAACAAAUUUUUAUAAAUUUUCAUAUUUUUAUAAAAAAUGAAAUUGUAAUUUGCUAAAAAAUUAAAUACUUUAUUAAAUAAAUACAUAAAUAGGCUUAAAGAAAA